CAGUGCCGUGCGCUCCCCGGCCAGAACGCCUGGGGCGGGGGUCUCCGCGCCUGCGCAGUGGAGCUGGGCGCUCUUGGGGCUUGAGUUUCUAAGGGUCGGGUCCCGCGUGCUGGCUACCGGAUGGCGGAACCCAAGGCGGAGUCGGAGCCCUUGCUGGGCCGGGCCCGCGGCGGUGGCAGCGACUGCCCGGCGGGGCUGACCACUUGCCGCAGCAUCCAAGUCGGCCCUGGUGCCGCGGCCAGGUGGGACCUCUGCAUUGAUCAGGCUGUGGUCUUCAUCGAAGAUGCUAUUCAGUACCGCUCCAUCAAUCACCGGGUGGAUGCCAGCUCGAUGUGGCUUUACCGACGGUAUUACUCGAACGUAUGCCAACGGACUUUGAGCUUCACCAUCUUCUUGAUCCUGUUUUUGGCUUUUAUCGAGACCCCAUCCUCGCUCACCAGCACGGCGGACGUGCGCUAUCGCGCUGCCCCCUGGGAGCCGCCCUGCGGCCUGACCGAGAGUGUCGAGGUGCUCUGCCUGCUGGUCUUUGCGGCCGACCUCUCUGUGAAGGGUUACCUGUUUGGGUGGGCCCAUUUCCAGAAGAACCUUUGGUUGCUGGGCUACCUCGUGGUGCUGGUGGUGUCUCUGGUGGACUGGACCGUGUCCCUGAGUCUCGUGUGUCAUGAGCCUCUGCGCGUCCGCCGGCUCCUCCGCCCCUUCUUCCUGCUACAGAACUCCUCUAUGAUGAAGAAGACCUUGAAGUGCAUCCACUGGUCGCUGCCGGAAAUGGCCAGCGUCGGGCUGCUGCUGGCCAUCCACCUGUGCCUGUUCACCAUGUUCGGGAUGCUGCUGUUCGCCGGCGGGAAGCAGGAUGAUGGGCAGGACAGGGAGAGGCUGACCUACUUCCAGAACCUGCCUGAGUCUCUGACUUCCCUCCUGGUGCUGCUGACCACCGCCAACAACCCCGAUGUGAUGAUUCCUGCAUAUUCCAAGAACCGGGCCUACGCCAUCUUCUUCAUAGUCUUCACCGUGAUAGGAAGCCUGUUUCUGAUGAACCUGCUGACGGCCAUCAUCUACAGCCAGUUCCGGGGCUACCUGAUGAAAUCUCUCCAGACCUCGCUGUUUCGGAGGCGGCUGGGGACCCGGGCUGCCUUUGAAGUCCUGUCCUCCACGGCGGGGGAGGGAGGAGCCUUCCCUCAGGCAGUUGGGGUGAAGCCCCAGAACCUGCUGCAGGUGCUUCAGAAGGUCCAGCUGGACAGCUCCCACAAACAGGCCAUGAUGGAGAAGGUGCGCUCCUUACGGCGGUGUUGUUACGUCGUGUGCGAUGCUGUGUUCGAAACUCUGUCAACGAGGGGGCGAGACAUUGGGAACAGCCUCCAGGCGCUCACAGGCGAGUGCGCGGCCGGCAACGGGGGCUGCGCGUUCCAGGCUGCUCAGCUCAGAGGACUGAGCCGGACCCUGGACAAGGGAUGGAGGCACAGAGCGGGAGUUGGCAGAUGCUGCCUGCAGGUUCUGGGUCACUUUUUCGUUUGCUCGAGGCUCCUGGACGGCACAAGACUGAACUGUGUGGUGUCCUCGGGCCGAGGGGAGUGCGUGAGAAAGGAUGGACCUGGAUGGGGACCAAAGCCGGGGUUCAGACCUCUUGAGAGAAGGUGUGGGUUCAUCCACAGGAAUGCAGAGAUGUUCACUGGUCUCCCUGGGCUCCGGUUGGUCUGUGGUCACCAGCACCCGCCGAGGCCCGAGUACCAGUCCCCGUUUCUGCAGAGUGCCCAGUUCGUCUUUGGCCACUACUACUUUGACUACCUGGGGAACCUCAUCGCCCUGGCAAACCUGGUGUCCAUUUGCGUGUUCCUGGUGCUGGAUGCAGAUGUGCUGCCUGCUGAGCGUGAUGACUUUGUCUUGGGGAUUCUCAACUGUGUCUUCAUUGUGUACUACCUGUUGGAGAUGCUGCUCAAGGUCUUUGCCCUGGGCCUGCGAGGGUACCUGUCCUAUCCCAGCAACGUGUUUGAUGGGCUUCUCACCAUUGUCCUGCUGGUUUUGGAGAUCUCAACUCUGGCUGUGUACCGAUUGCCACGCCCAGGCUGGAGGCCGGAGAUGCUGGGCUUGCUGUCGCUGUGGGACAUGACCCGCAUGCUGAACAUGCUCAUCGUGUUCCGCUUCCUGCGCAUCAUCCCCAGCAUGAAGCCGAUGGCCGUGGUGGCCAGUACCAUCGUGGGCCUGGUGCAGAACAUGCGUGCGUUUGGCGGGAUCCUGGUGGUGGUCUACUACGAAUUUGCCGUCAUUGGGAUCAGCUUGUUUCGAGGUGUCGUUGUGGCUCCCCCUGGAAACAGCAGCCUGGCCUCUGCCAAUGGCUCGGCGCCCUGUGGGAGCUUCGAGCAGCUGGAGUACUGGGCCAACAACUUCGAUGACUUUGCGGCUGCCCUGGUCACUCUGUGGAACUUGAUGGUGGUGAACAACUGGCAGGUGCUCCUGGAUGCCUAUCGGCGCUACUCGGGCCCGUGGUCCAAGAUCUAUUUUGUAUUGUGGUGGCUGGUGUCGUCUGUCAUCUGGGUCAACCUGUUUCUGGCGCUGAUUCUGGAGAACUUCCUUCACAAGUGGGACCCCCAGAGCCACCUGCAGCCACUUGCUGGGACCGCGGAGGCCACCUACCAGAUGACUGUGGAGCUCCCAUUCAGGGAUAUUCUGGAGGAGCCCAGGGAGGAUGAGCUCAUGGAGAGGCUGAACCAGCACCCGCACCUGCAGCUGUGCAGGUGACAUCCGGGCUGCCGUCCCAGCCAGGGCGGCAGGAGAGAGAGGCUGGCCUACACAGGUGCCCAUCAUGGAAGAGGCGGCCAUGCUGUGGCCAGCCGAGCAGGAAGAGACCUUUCCUCUGAUAGACCACUAAGCUGGAGACAGGAAUCAAGUCCUUUGCGUGCGGCCCAACAGCCAUCCACAGAACAGCUGCUGGUGCUUCCGGGAGGCGCCGUGCGCUCCGCUUUCUUUUAUAGCUGCUUCAGUGAGAAUUCCCUCGCCCACUCCACAGGGACCUUACAGACAAAAAAGCGAGAAGCAGCGGCCUCCCCUGUCCCCUGCAGCUUCGGGUGCCUUUGCUGCUGGUGGCCGUUGGGGACCACAGGCCUGACCAGGGCCCGCACAGGUUAACCGGCAGACUUCCGGGGCAUUCCGGUGGGGAUGCUGGUGGUUUGACAUGGAGAGAACCUUGACCGUGUUUUAUUAUUUCGUGGCUUGCAUGAGUGUGACUGGGUGUGUUUCUUUAGGGGUCUGAUUGCCAAUUAUUUUCAUCAACAAGUCUUGCGAAGAAUGGGAUUGUCAUUCUUAACUUCAGCACAAUUCUAGUCCUGCUUCUCCGGAGUGGGGUGUUGAGUAAAGCUGCUUGGGUUGUGCACUGCACAAGGGCACGUGGCUGUGAGGCGUAUCCUGGGGGUGGGGGGCGCCGUCUACCUGCCGUGAGGGGCACCUUUUCGGUUUUGCUCAAGGGCAUGUAUAAGCCAAUGGUGACCUUGUUUCCUGUGUCCUCAGGUGUGUGGCAGGGGGCCUGGAGUGGGGAGGUGGGGCAAGUGAGCAGUGUGUGGAAAGCCUUGUUGCCACUUGAAGCUCUCCAGGUCCAGACUGACCAAUGGUUUUCUCACCUCAGGUGCCAACCCACGCCCCCUUUCUGCUGCGGUUUGGGUGCCAUCUAGUGGUGGGAUGGGAUUUGGGUGACUAUUUUGAAGGCAAGGUGGACCCAGCAACUUCCAGAAACAGCUCCGGGGACGCCACUCCCCGUCACACUGCACACGGAGCCUGGUGCCCGGUCCGUGCCCGAGCUCAGCAGGACCAGGAAGGGAUGGGCCCUGCCAGGGUUGCCUGUGCACUGUGCGUUUUCGCCUGGGAGGCACAAGUUCUUUCAUCUGCUUUUCCUUUAGAGGUGCUGAGCCCACGCCGUAGCCCCUGUGGGGUGGCUGGGGAGGGGGCGACGCGAACAGCAGCGUGGUUGGUAUUGAGACUGGGGAGAGGAGCAAAUCCGAGGAGAAGGUCAUGAGUUCCUUUUUACUCACGUCGAAUAAUAACAAUAACGAUAUGGAAACCACCACAAACGUGGGGAAAAGUUGCAAGUCAAGAGAAGCUUCCUUCUGAAUCACUCGAGUGGUUGCCGUUCUGGCCCUGCACCCUCUGUGCUUUGGGACGGUGUCCAACCCGCAUUCGCGUCAGGAGUGAGUUGCACGUGGCUUUGUGGUCAUGGUGACUUAAUCCGCCUGGACGGUGGCUCCGUCUCCCUGGGCUUGUACGAUCUUGGCGCUUCUGGAGAUAAGCCCGUGGCUCCCAGGUUGUUCAUGUGAGGUUUCCUUGUGGUAGGUUCUGGGUCUGCGUUUCGUCUAGGAGUGUCACAGGAGGGACGCUGCCUCCUGGCAGGGGCUGCCCGGAUACAGUUAGCCUCCUGCUGGUGUUCUCGCUUGUUGCCUGGUGACGGUGGCCCCGGUCAGCUUCUCCACUGCCCAGUAACGACCCUUUGUAAUGAAUGAGUGGGGAGGUAGUGUGAAGCGAUGCCAAUAUCCCAUCCCCGUCAAACUGCCUUUACUUUUUCCUUCCUUCCUUGCUCCCACCUGUGUGGACCCGGCCCCUGCUUGUAUUCAGGGCUGUGGUCUGUUACGAUGUUUACUCUCCGGCUCAGGUCCUGCCUGUUUGACCCGUGAGAGCUCCUUCCUCUGCCUUUUGUGUUUUUUUGUUAUGUACCUACAGUUCUUUAGCUGUUUCUUCACUUUCUGGUGCAAAAAGAUGUUCCCGCCUUGUCUUAUACCUGGCUGCCCCUUUCCCUUUCAUUGACUGGAGCGAGCCCCGGCUCUGAGGAGCCCUGUUCCUUUGAAUGGAGAGCAGCAUCCAGGAAUCAGGCUUUGGGUGCGAGGGGUGCUCCUGGCUGUUGCGGAUUGCUGCGCACGGGAGCUCUUAGUGGACAGAGCUGGAGGAUAUGUGCACGUACUUCCAUCUCUCUCAUCUAUUAACAGCUGAGAAUGACACCAGUACCUCUGAUUUCAGCCCAGCACCACAGGUUAUGUUCCAGCUUUCUCUCUUUCCAUAGUUCUAAGGCCCUUUCUGGAAAUGG